AUGCACGGGAACUCCUACCAUCUGCGCAUGGCAAUGGUGAUAUUGCUUCGUGCCAUCAACCUUCGUCGAGAAGGUAAAUUUUUCGAUUUUACGCUCUCCAUGGAAGAUCCUAACGCUGGCAAAUUUGAUGACGUCGUGUUUCGCUACCCUUUGUCAUCGACACCGAAAGAAUUCGCUUCUGUUUACAUUCAGGCAAAACAUAAGCAAGUUAAAAAAACAUCUAUUACAAAAGAUGCUUUGCUCACGAAAUGGAACACUAGCGCUCAAUUUUCAAUACCUAAGUAUUUUACGUCGUAUUUGCACGGAUAUGAUCCAUCUUUAAAGGGUUCCCAUACAUACAUUUUGUGCACCAACCAAUCAUUUGAUAAAAAUCUUCGUGCUAAUUUUAUUCCCCGAGAGCCUAACACCGACCACAUUCUAUCAUUCUGCAACGACAUAGGAGCAACGUGUUACAGUUUUGAUAGUGAAACAGAAAUCGAAAGUUUGAAGGAUGAGCUAAGAAUGGCUAGUUUGGAAAAGUUAGGAUGCAUGAUCGCGUUUCAUGUCUUCAAGAAAAGGCAUAUGCAAUCAAGCAUUUAUUUGUUUAACAUGAACGUUAAUUUAAUUGCUAAAUGUGUGGACAUUCUUGGUUCAGGAACAUUUCAAUUCAAUAAGGAGUUUCGUGCUGCAGACGAAUCAACAGUUAUAGGAAGGUUAAGAUCCAGUUUUGAGCAGGAGUACAUAAAACUUACGAGGAAAAACGAAAUAAAUUGGGAAAAUGUUAGUAUUAUGGUAGAUGGAUCAUUUUCCGAAUCCAUUCGAAACACUAACAAGAAUUCAUUAUACGGCUAUGCGCAAUAUUAUGAAACAGUUGACGUAAUUAUUCAACAAUUCUUUGAUAAGUUCAUGUUCGUUUGUGGAUCCAUGGAUGAUACGCAACUUUUCACGAAGAUUAUCAAUAUAAUGCCACCGUGGAUGAGCAAUCGUGAAAGCACAUACAGCAGUCUGCACAAUUUGUUAUUUAACAGUAUGAAUAAAUCAACUGACAUAAAUUGGCAGGACUUGAAACAACAUUUUGUUGAUUCCAAAACCAACGAAUCUUUAGCCAUGGUUCAAUCAUUUACACAUGACUAUCUUCGUUCAAUGCAUGUUUCAUAUUCUGAUAUCAAUGUAGAACCAAAUCGUUUAAACAAUACUGCACUGCAUGAUUUCGUGAAUGAUACAUCGCGUUAUGAUGUUUAUCGUUACCGUCACACGAUGAACAUGCAAGUGAACUGUUUAAUUGUUGCACAAACCUUAGGUUUGGAUCGGUGUCUUUUUAUGGACAUCACUUCAUCCAAGUUUAACAAAAUGUUUGAUGUCAUUUAUGAACUGAUGGAGUUCUUUGCAGCUGUUGAUCUAUCCAGUAAAUACAUUAUAACAAUUCUUGGUCAGCAAGAAGGCGCUGUGCUUGGAGCAAUUAGGCAGUGCACAAAGUUGUACAAGACGAAAAUAAUCAUAGUAGAAGAAUCAACCGAAGACGACCUGUCGAAAGGUCGUUUACUCGUUAGUGAUCUUACCGAGGAAGCCAGGGCGCAGUUGUAUCAGCAACAUGAUCACUUCAACCUUUUUGGAACGACUUCUGCACUAGACGUAUUUGUGCGAGAUAAUGAUAGUUUGAGCUUAUUGUUCUGUGUUUUAGAUAAAUGUGACAAAACCGAAAUGGCGGAAAAUUUGAACGUAAAGAACUUCGAAAAAAUUCAAUCUUGGUACAUUCCACGCUGCUCUGCACCAUACUCUGAGGGCAAACAAGAAUCAGAACCGUAUUUGGUCGAGCAGGAAAUCACUGCAGUAAUGCUACAGUCAAUCAUAUCCCGAAAACAUGAAGCUAGUCGAUUUCCUGAAGCUUUUAAUAGUGAUAAAAUUCAUAUUUUUUUUAAUGAAGCCGGUUAUGGAAAGUCCACCUAUUUCACGUGGCUGGCAUCUGCUUUAUCGAAAGGCAAUGCUUCGUUAUGUGUCAUUCGAAUGAAUGCUUUACAAUAUGCUUCUGAUUUCAAUUGUUUACAGCAUUUAAACCCUAAAACCCUCGAUGAUACAGAAAUAAUCAGGAUCUUCUAUCGUCUUUGGCAUAUGACUCUCAUCAUAGCUAACAUCAAUUAUCUAUCAAUGAAUGAAACCAAGCAGGAGGGAAAGAAAGUAGGUAAUACAGCACAACAUUUAAACAUUUCAAAAGGAACAAUUGUAAUUGAUGAGGGAGGAAAUAAAGAACCACAACUGUCUUUCGAACAACUGCUACAGUUGCGAUUGUUUCAAAGCAAGUUUAACAGGAAACAGUUAGUUUGUUUAUUAGAUGGGGUUGACGAAAUAGCACCCCAUUACAAGGAUUUUGUUAUGGCAUAUUUUGCAAGAUUGGCUACUCUUCGUGGCAUUCGAAAUUUGUGUCUCUCGACUAGACCAUACAAUUUUAGAUACGAAUUUAAGCACACUUUCUCUGGUUGUAAAAUGUGGCGACUUGUACCCUUUUCUCAGACCGAUCGAAUACUAUUUAUGAUCAACCAUCUGGAGCGUGAAAUGGAAGAGUACAAAACAGCCAGUGAAGACCUUCAGUUACAGAUUUUGAAAAAUAUGUACACGUUUGCAAUCAACAGUAUACCAGACUUGAAAAUUAUACCACUUUAUCUCCAUAUGGCCGCCAAUAUCACCCUAUCGGAAGUAAAAACUCGUCAAAACGUUCAAGAGCAUACAUUAUCUACCGAACUGUUCGAAGAAACAAAGUUUGAUCAGUUUCAAAUUAUAAGCUAUUUCGUAGACGAAAAAUUGAGAAUACUAAAUAACGAAAAGGCGGGAAACAUAGAAUUUGCAUCUACAACUCCCAUUCAAAUAACGCGGAAUAAUAAAACAAACAAUCUAUUAAAAAGCCGUCAUGCUCUGCUGGCCAUGUCGGUAAUUUUCAAUAAAAAAGUUAACGACGACUUAUUCUCCAAAGAAGAAAGCAAACAAGCUGUCGAGUUUAUGCAGGAAGUGAUAGAAAGCGAAGAAAAGGCUGGUUUUAUUCGAGAAAUUCGAGAUGGCGAACCCAAAUUUAGUCAUCGCAUUUUCGCCGAAUAUUUCGCAGCCUGCUGGAUAUACGACAAUAAACAACGCAUAAGAAGUGAGAUCUUUUUCCGAUCGUGGGAAUAUUGGGGUCUCGAGGCGUACCGCACUCGCGAUUUUCUCAAUCGUUUGAUAGUAAGAGAUUGUGCGAGUGAGCGAAGUGAUAUUCACAUCGCUGUAAUCAAUCAAUCGGAGCAUCAGGUUCGUGAACUGCUGUCCAAUGAUUCUUCGGUUGCAUUCAUGAAAGAUGCCAUUGGUCGAUUACCGCUUCACUUAGCAGUGAUGUACCCGUCAUUCAAAAUACAGAAAUUACUGAUAGAAAAGAUGUCUCCUCAGUCAAUUAAUACAAAAGAUGAACUAUUAGAGUGGACCGCUUUAGAUUACGCAUUUGCGAUAAGAUCCAGUGCAGCCGUCAAUGCUCUACUAACUGUUGGAGCUGAUGUGAAUGGGGGCACACUGCUUAAACAGACAUUGUCAAACAAACUAAAAAAUAUUUUAUUCCAUGCACACGAAGUUAUAGUAAUUUUCCAAAUUCCAAAUUUCCAUGAUCAUUUCAAUAUAUUUGUAAAACAAUUUCUCUUCGACCUAAUUGAAAAUUUGAUAACUGAAAAAAAUCUUAACAUACUUGUAAAUCAUAAGGAGUUUGAAAAUUUUACGAUCUUACAAUUCUGCUCUAAAUACAAUAUGAUUGGAUUGUUGGAGCAAUUUCUAUCACGUGUACACAAACAAAGAAUGAUUUCAACGAACGAAAUCAAUCAAUUGUAUCAAAUAGCCUCGGAGAACAAAGCACAUGAUAUAGUUGUAUAUUUAACUGAACAAAUUUAUACGCUUCUUCCUCAAUUGGAAAGUAUUCCUGGACUCAUCUUUGCUGUACGAAAUUCUAUCCAUGAAAAUUACAAUUAUAUAUUUGAACACAUUUUUAACGCACUGUGCCUCCGUCUCAACAUUCGUAUGGUUGACAUUGUAGUAAGUGAUUAUGCUCCAGACGAUGACAGCAUACCACCGUUGCGUGAAGAACACUAUCCAAAACCUUGUUGUGUGCUAAGUGCCGCGCACGUUGGAAUGUCGUUGCCUGAAUAUGAUGAGAAAGAUAUCCUGAACGAAGGCUACGUUAUCGAAGCUCUUCUCGCUACAGCAGUGCAUGAGGGGAACUUGCAGAUGGUCAAAUACAUUGUGCAGAAGAUCGACAUGGCCAUUUCCAACAGAAUCAUUGUGAUGGUCAUGAGAUUGUUACCGAAGCAGGAUGAUGUUUGUCAUGAGAAGUCGAUGGAUGCAUUCUCAUAUCUUCUCGAAAAAACGACCGAUCGGGAGAGUACCGACGACCAGGGUCGUAACCUUCUUCAUAUGGCGGCUCAAAAUGGAUGUUUCUUCAUGAUGCGCUGUUUGAUUGCCAAAGGAUUUAAUCCAGCAAUGGCUAACAUAAGCAACGGUUGGAACGUGUUCCACUACAUUGCUUUCAAUCAGGAUGGUGAUCGUACUGAUAAAAUAUUGAAAUUCUUGUUGAUUAACUGCUACAUGCAUUGGUAUGAUGAUUUGGACCGUAUGGUCGGAUCAGAUAGCAAUUUGCAAGACGCAUUUACGCAUCAAAACACACAAAGUUCAGAAAAGCUGAACAAACAACAGUACGCUCUGAUUGCGAUGUUCGCCAUAUUCAGUCAAGAGGACAUAGCUAAGCUGUUGUCCGAUCAGGAACAACAGGAAGCUACGCAAUGCUUGCAGAAAGCGAUUCAGGGUAAUGAGAAGACUGGUAUUAUUCAACAAGUUCGAGAUGGUAUUCCCAAAUUUGCUCAAGCUACAUAUGCACAGUAUUUCGCAGCCUGCUGGAUAUACGACAAUAAACAUCGCAUGAGAAGUGAGAGCUUUUUCCGAUCGUGGACAUUUUGGGUUGGAAGCACCGGAAGCAGGGAAGACCGAACUCGCGAUUUUCUCAAUCGUUUGAUAGUAAAAAAUAAUAAGAGGUGUGACCUUCACAUGGCCGUAAUCAAUCAAUUAAAAGCAGAAGUUCAUAAGUUACUCUCCGAGGAUCCUUCGGUUGCACACGAGAAGGAUCCCGUUGGUCGAUUACCGCUUCACUUAGCAGUGGCAUAUCCAUCGGAACAAAUAGUAAAUAUGCUGAUAGAAAAAAUGCCUCUUCAGGCAGUAAAUACAAAAGAUGAACUUUUCCAGUGGACCGCUUUGGACUAUGCGUUUGCAAACCGUUACGAACAUCGAGUACAACGCCUGCUAACUGUUGGAGCAGUGGUGGAUGAGGACAGCUUGCUCCAACAGAUAUUGUCAAACAAUUUACGGAGUUUAAUUUGGAAUGCACAUUACUAUGGAAACUAUUUAAACUCUCAUGAGAGCUCCAAGAUGAUUGCGAAUCGACUACACGAUCGAUCAGUACAAUAUUUGCUGUACGAAAAACACCUUGACGUGUUUGCUCGCCAUAAGGAACUCGGAUCUUUAACAGUCUUAGAGCUCUGCUCGAAGCAUAAUAUGAUCGGUGUAUUCAAACAUCUUGUGUCCCAAUCGAGCAUUCGGGCAAGAAUAUCAACCGAUCUUUCGAGAAAGUUGUUUCAAAUAGCAUCGAAGCAAAAAGCACAUGAUAUUAAAGCAUAUUUUGUGGAUGAAAACAAUACGCUUCUUCCCCAAAUGAAAACUGUUGCUGAGCUCAUCUCUGCCCUUAAGUCUUGUAUCAAUCGCAAUCAAAUGAGCUCAUUCAAGGACAUUUUUCACACACUGUGCCUCCGUCUCAACAUUCGUAUGGUUGACGAUACCGACAUUGUAGUAGGUGAUUAUGCUCCAGACGAUGACAGCAUACCACCGUUGCGUGAAGAACACUAUCCAAAACCUUGUUGUGUGCUAAGUGCCGCGCACGUUGGAAUGUCGUUGCCUGAAUAUGAUGAGAAAGAUAUCCUGAACGAAGGCUACGUUAUCGAAGCUCUUCUCGCUACAGCAGUGCAUGAGGGGAACUUGCAGAUGGUCAAAUACAUUGUGCAGAAGAUCGACAUGGCCAUUUCCAACAGAAUCAUUGUGAUGGUCAUGAGAUUGUUACCGAAGCAGGAUGAUGUUUGUCAUGAGAAGUCGAUGGAUGCAUUCUCAUAUCUUCUCGAAAAAACGACCGAUCGGGAUAGUACCGACGACCAGGGUCGCAACCUUCUUCAUAUGGCGGCUCAAAAUGGAUGUUUCUUCAUGAUGCGCUGUUUGAUUGCCAAAGGAUUUGAUCCAGCAAUGGCUAACAUAAGCAACGGUUGGAACGUGUUUCACUACAUUGCUUUCAAUCAGGAUGGUGAUCGUACUGAUAAAAUAUUGAAAUUCUUGUUGAUUAACUGCUACAUGAAUUGGUAUGAUGAUUUAGACCGUAUGGUCGGAUCAGAUAGCCAUUUGCAAGACGCAUUUACGCAUCAAAACACACAAAGUUCAGAAAAGCUCAACAAACAACAGUACGCUCUGAUAGCGAUGUUCGCCAUAUUCAGUCAAGAGGACAUAGCUAAGCUGUUGUCCGAUCAGGAACAACAGGAUGCUACGCAAUGCUUGCAGAAAGCGAUUCAGGGUAAUGAGAAGACUGGUAUUAUUCAACAAGUUCGAGAUGGUAUUCCCAAAUUUGCUCAAGCUACAUAUGCACAGUAUUUCGCAGCCUGCUGGAUAUACGACAAUAAACAUCGCAUGAGAAGUGAGAGCUUUUUCCGAUCGUGGACAUUUUGGACAUUUGGAAGCAGUAAAUACCAAACUCGCGAUUUUCUCAAUCGUUUGAUAGUAAAAAAUAAUAAGAGGUGUGACCUUCACAUGGCCGUAAUCAAUCAAUUAAAAGCAGAAGUUCGUAAGUUACUCUCCGAGGAUCCUACGGUUGCACACGAGAAGGAUCCCGUUGGUCGAUUACCGCUUCACUUAGCAGUGACAUAUCCAUCGCUACAAAUAGUAAAUAUGCUGAUAGAAAAAAUGCCUCUUCAGGCAGUAAAUACAAAAGAUGAACUUUUCCAGUGGACCGCUUUGGACUACGCGUUUGCAAACCGUUACAAACAUACAGUACAACGCCUGCUAACUGUUGGAGCAGUGGUGGAUGAGGACAACUUGCUCCAACAGAUAUUGUCAAACAAUUUACGGAGUUUAAUUUGGAAUGCACAUUACUAUGGAAACUAUUUAAACUCUCAUGAGAGCUCCAAGAUGAUUGCGAAUCGACUACACGAUCGAUCAGUACAAUAUUUGCUGUACGAAAAACACCUUGACGUGUUUGCUCGCCAUAAGGAACUCGGAUCUUUAACAGUCUUAGAGCUCUGCUCGCAGCAUAAUAUGAUCGGUGUAUUCAAACAUCUUGUGUCCCAAUCGAGCAUUCGGGCAAGAAUAUCAACCGAUCUUUCGAGAAAGUUGUUUCAAAUAGCAUCGAAGCAAAAAGCACAUGAUAUUAAAGCAUAUUUUGUGGAUGAAAACAAUACGCUUCUUCCCCAAAUGAAAACUGUUGCUGAGCUCAUCUCUGCCCUUAAGUCUUGUAUCAAUCGCGAUCAAAUGAGCUCAUUCAAGGACAUUUUUCACGCACUGUGCCUCCGUCUCAACAUUCGUAUGGUUGACAAUACCGACAUUGUAGUAGGUGAUUAUGCUCCAGACGAUGACAGCAUACCACCGUUGCGUGAAGAACACUAUCCAAAACCUUGUUGUGUGCUAAGUGCCGCGCACGUUGGAAUGUCGUUGCCUGAAUAUGAUGAGAAAGAUAUCCUGAACGAAGGCUACGUUAUCAAAGCUCUUCUCGCUACAGCAGUGCAUGAGGGGAACUUGCAGAUGGUCAAAUACAUUGUGCAGAAGAUCGACAUGGCCAUUUCCAACAGAAUCAUUGUGAUGGUCAUGAGAUUGUUACCGAAGCAGGAUGAUGUUUGUCAUGAGAAGUCGAUGGAUGCAUUCUCAUAUCUUCUCGAAAAAACGACCGAUCGGCAUAGUACCGACGACCAGGGUCGCAACCUUCUUCAUAUGGCGGCUCAAAAUGGAUGUUUCUUCAUGAUGCGCUGUUUGAUUGCCAAAGGAUUUAAUCCAGCAAUGGCUAACAUAAGCAACGGUUGGAACGUGUUUCACUACGUUGCUUUCAAUCAGGAUGGUGAUCGUACUGAUAAAAUAUUGAAAUUCUUGUUGAUUAACUGCUACAUGCAUUGGUAUGAUGAUUUGGACCGUAUGGUCGGAUCAGAUAGCAAUUUGCAAGACGCAUUUACGCAUCAAAACACACAAAGUUCAGAAAAGCUCAACAAACGACAGUACGCUCUGAUUGCGAUGUUCGCCAUAUUCAGUCAAGAGGACAUAGCUAAGCUGUUGUCCGAUCAGGAACAACAGGAAGCUACGCAAUGCUUGCAGAAAGCGAUUCAGGGUAAUGAGAAGACUGGUAUUAUUCAACAAGUUCGAGAUGGUAUUCCCAAAUUUGCUCAAGCUACAUAUGCACAGUAUUUCGCAGCCUGCUGGAUAUACGACAAUAAACAUCGCAUGAGAAGUGAGAGCUUUUUCCGAUCGUGGACAUUUUGGGUUGGAAGCACCGGAAGCAGGGAAGACCGAACUCGCGAUUUUCUCAAUCGUUUGAUAGUAAAAAAUAAUAAGAGGUGUGACCUUCACAUGGCCGUAAUCAAUCAAUUAAAAGCAGAAGUUCAUAAGUUACUCUCCGAGGAUUCUUCGGUUGCACACGAGAAGGAUCCCGUUGGUCGAUUACCGCUUCACUUAGCAGUGACAUAUCCAUCGCUACAAAUAGUAAAUAUGCUGAUAGAAAAAAUGCCUCUUCAGGCAGUAAAUACAAAAGAUGAACUUUUCCAGUGGACCGCUUUGGACUACGCGUUUGCAAACCGUUACGAACGUAGAGUACAACGCCUGCUAACUGUUGGAGCAGUGGUGGAUGAGGACAACUUGCUCCAACAGAUAUUGUCAAACAAUUUACGGAGUUUAAUUAGGAUUGCACAUUACUAUGGAAACUUUUUAAAAUCUCAUGAGAGCUCCAAGAUGAUUGCGAAUCGACUACACGAUCGAUCAGUACAAUAUUUGCUGUACGAAAAACACCUUGACGUGUUUGCUCGCCAUAAGGAACUCGGAUCUUUAACAGUCUUAGAGUACUGCUCGCAGCAUAAUAUGAUCGGUGUAUUCAAACAUGUUGUGUCCCAAUCGAGCAUUCGGGCAAGAAUAUCAACCGAUCUUUCGAGAAAGUUGUUUCAAAUAGCUUCGGAGAACAAAGCACAUGAUAUUAAAGCAUAUUUUGUGGAUGAAAACAAUACGCUUCUUCCCCAAAUGAAAACUGUUGCUGAGCUCAUCUCUGCCCUUAAGUCUUGUAUCAAUCGCGAUCAAAUGAGCUCAUUCAAGGACAUUUUUCACGCACUGUGCCUCCGUCUCAACAUUCGUAUGGUUGACGAUACCGACAUUGUAGUAGGUGAUUAUGCUCCAGACGAUGACAGCAUACCACCGUUGCAUGAAGAACACUAUCCAAAACCUUGUUGUGUGCUAAGUGCCGCGCACGUUGGAAUGUCGUUGCCUGAAUAUGAUGAGAAAGAUAUCCUGAACGAAGGCUACGUUAUCGAAGCUCUUCUCGCUGCAGCAGUGCAUGAGGGAAACUUGCAGAUGGUCAAAUACAUUGUGCAGAAGAUCGACAUGGCCAUUUCCAACAGAAUCAUUGUGAUGGUCAUGAGAUUGUUACCGAAGCAGGAUGAUGUUUGUCAUGAGAAGUCGAUGGAUGCAUUCUCAUAUCUUCUCGAAAAAACGACCGAUCGGGAUAGUACCGACGACCAGGGUCGCAACCUUCUUCAUAUGGCGGCUCAAAAUGGAUGUUUCUUCAUGAUGCGCUGUUUGAUUGCCAAAGGAUUUGAUCCAGCAAUGGCUAACAUAAGCAACGGUUGGAACGUGUUUCACUACGUUGCUUUCAAUCAGGAUGGUGAUCGUACUGAUAAAAUAUUGAAAUUCUUGUUGAUUAACUGCUACAUGAAUUGGUAUGAUGAUUUGGACCGUAUGGUUGGAUCAGAUAGCAAUUUGCAAGACGCAUUUACGCAUCAAAACACACAAAGUUCAGUAAAGCUCAACAAACAACAGUACGCUCUGAUAGCGAUGUUCGCCAUAUUCAGUCAAGAGGACAUAGCUAAGCUGUUGUCCGAUCAGGAACAACAGGAAGCUACGCAAUGCUUGCAGAAAGCGAUUCAGGGUAAUGAGAAGACUGGUAUUAUUCAACAAGUUCGAGAUGGUAUUCCCAAAUUUGCUCAAGCUACAUAUGCACAGUAUUUCGCAGCCUGCUGGAUAUACGACAAUAAACAUCGCAUGAGAAGUGAGAGCUUUUUCCGAUCGUGGACAUUUUGGACAUUUGGAAGCAGUAAAUACCAAACUCGCGAUUUUCUCAAUCGUUUGAUAGUAAAAAAUAAUAAGAGGUGUGACCUUCACAUGGCCGUAAUCAAUCAAUUAAAAGCAGAAGUUCGUAAGUUACUCUCCGAAGAUCCUACGGUUGCACACGAGAAGGAUCCCGUUGGUCGAUUACCGCUUCACUUAGCAGUGACAUAUCCAUCGCUACAAAUAGUAAAUAUGCUGAUAGAAAAAAUGCCUCUUCAGGCAGUAAAUACAAAAGAUGAACUUUUCCAGUGGACCGCUUUGGACUACGCGUUUGCAAACCGUUACAAACAUACAGUACAACGCCUGCUAACUGUUGGAGCAGUGGUGGAUGAGGACAACUUGCUCCAACAGAUAUUGUCAAACAAUUUACGGAGUUUAAUUAGGAUUGCACAUUACUAUGGAAACUUUUUAAAAUCUCAUGAGAGCUCCAAGAUGAUUGCGAAUCGACUACACGAUCGAUCAGUACAAUAUUUGCUGUACGAAAAACACCUUGACGUGUUUGCUCGCCAUAAGGAACUCGGAUCUUUAACAGUCUUAGAGUACUGCUCGCAGCAUAAUAUGAUCGGUGUAUUCAAACAUGUUGUGUCCCAAUCGAGCAUUCGGGCAAGAAUAUCAACCGAUCUUUCGAGAAAGUUGUUUCAAAUAGCUUCGGAGAACAAAGCACAUGAUAUUAAAGCAUAUUUUGUGGAUGAAAACAAUACGCUUCUUCCCCAAAUGAAAACUGUUACUGAGCUCAUCUCUGCCCUUAAGUCUUGUAUCAAUCGCGAUCAAAUGAGCUCAUUCAAGGACAUUUUUCACGCAGUGUGCCUCCGUCUCAACAUUCGUAUGGUUGACGAUACCGACAUUGUAGUAGGUGAUUAUGCUCCAGACGAUGGCAGCAUACCACCGUUGCAUGAAGAACACUAUCCAAAACCUUGUUGUGUGCUAAGUGCCGCGCACGUUGGAAUGUCGUUGCCUGAAUAUGAUGAGAAAGAUAUCCUGAACGAAGGCUACGUUAUCAAAGCUCUUCUCGCUACAGCAGUGCAUGAGGGGAACUUGCAGAUGGUCAAAUACAUUGUGCAGAAGAUCGACAUGGCCAUUUCCAACAGAAUCAUUGUGAUGGUCAUGAGAUUGUUACCGAAGCAGGAUGAUGUUUGUCAUGAGAAGUCGAUGGAUGCAUUCUCAUAUCUUCUCGAAAAAACGACCGAUCGGGAUAGUACCGACGACCAGGGUCGCAACCUUCUUCAUAUGGCGGCUCAAAAUGGAUGUUUCUUCAUGAUGCGCUGUUUGAUUGCCAAAGGAUUUGAUCCAGCAAUGGCUAACAUAAGCAACGGUUGGAACGUGUUUCACUACGUUGCUUUCAAUCAGGAUGGUGAUCGUACUGAUAAAAUAUUGAAAUUCUUGUUGAUUAACUGCUACAUGCAUUGGUAUGAUGAUUUGGACCGUAUGGUCGGAUCAGAUAGCAAUUUGCAAGACGCAUUUACGCAUCAAAACACACAAAGUUCAGAAAAGCUCAACAAACGACAGUACGCUCUGAUUGCGAUGUUCGCCAUAUUCAGUCAAGAGGACAUAGCUAAGCUGUUGUCCGAUCAGGAACAACAGGAAGCUACGCAAUGCUUGCAGAAAGCGAUUCAGGGUAAUGAGAAGACUGGUAUUAUUCAACAAGUUCGAGAUGGUAUUCCCAAAUUUGCUCAAGCUACAUAUGCACAGUAUUUCGCAGCCUGCUGGAUAUACGACAAUAAACAUCGCAUGAGAAGUGAGAGCUUUUUCCGAUCGUGGACAUUUUGGACAUUUGGAAGCAGUAAAUACCAAACUCGCGAUUUUCUCAAUCGUUUGAUAGUAAAAAAUAAUAAGAGGUGUGACCUUCACAUGGCCGUAAUCAAUCAAUUAGAAGCAGAAGUUCGUAAGUUACUCUCCGAGGAUCCUACGGUUGCACACGAGAAGGAUCCCGUUGGUCGAUUACCGCUUCACUUAGCAGUGACAUAUCCAUCGCUACAAAUAGUAAAUAUGCUGAUAGAAAAAAUGCCUCUUCAGGCAGUAAAUACAAAAGAUGAACUUUUCCAGUGGACCGCUUUGGACUACGCGUUUGCAAACCGUUACAAACAUACAGUACAACGCCUGCUAACUGUUGGAGCAGUGGUGGAUGAGGACAACUUGCUCCAACAGAUAUUGUCAAACAAUUUACGGAGUUUAAUUUGGAUUGCACAUUACUAUGGAAACUUUUUAAAAUCUCAUGAGAGCUCCAAGAUGAUUGCGAAUCGACUACACGAUCGAUCAGUACAAUAUUUGCUGUACGAAAAACACCUUGACGUGUUUGCUCGCCAUAAGGAACUCGGAUCUUUAACAGUCUUAGAGUACUGCUCGCAGCAUAAUAUGAUCGGUGUAUUCAAACAUGUUGUGUCCCAAUCGAGCAUUCGGGCAAGAAUAUCAACCGAUCUUUCGAGAAAGUUGUUUCAAAUAGCUUCGGAGAACAAAGCACAUGAUAUUAAAGCAUAUUUUGUGGAUGAAAACAAUACGCUUCUUCCCCAAAUGAAAACUGUUGCUGAGCUCAUCUCUGCCCUUAAGUCUUGUAUCAAUCGCAAUCAAAUGAGCUCAUUCAAGGACAUUUUUCACGCACUGUGCCUCCGUCUCAACAUUCGUAUGGUUGACGAUACCGACAGUGUAGUAGGUGAUUAUGCUCCAGACGAUGACAGCAUACCACCGUUGCGUGAAGAACACUAUCCAAAACCUUGUUGUGUGCUAAGUGCCGCGCACGUUGGAAUGUCGUUGCCUGAAUAUGAUGAGAAAGAUAUCCUGAACGAAGGCUACGUUAUCGAAGCUCUUCUCGCUACAGCAGUGCAUGAGGGGAACUUGCAGAUGGUCAAAUACAUUGUGCAGAAGAUCGACAUGGCCAUUUCCAACAGAAUCAUUGUGAUGGUCAUGAGAUUGUUACCGAAGCAGGAUGAUGUUUGUCAUGAGAAGUCGAUGGAUGCAUUCUCAUAUCUUCUCGAAAAAACGACCGAUCGGGAUAGUACCGACGACCAGGGUCGCAACCUUCUUCAUAUGGCGGCUCAAAAUGGAUGUUUCUUCAUGAUGCGCUGUUUGAUUGCCAAAGGAUUUGAUCCAGCAAUGGCUAACAUAAGCAACGGUUGGAACGUGUUUCACUACGUUGCUUUCAAUCAGGAUGGUGAUCGUACUGAUAAAAUAUUGAAAUUCUUGUUGAUUAACUGCUACAUGAAUUGGUAUGAUGAUUUAGACCGUAUGGUCGGAUCAGAUAGCCAUUUGCAAGACGCAUUUACGCAUCAAAACACACAAAGUUCAGAAAAGCUCAACAAACAACAGUACGCUCUGAUAGCGAUGUUCGCCAUAUUCAGUCAAGAGGACAUAGCUAAGCUGUUGUCCGAUCAGGAACAACAGGAAGCUACGCAAUGCUUGCAGAAAGCGAUUCAGGGUAAUGAGAAGACUGGUAUUAUUCAACAAGUUCGAGAUGGUAUUCCCAAAUUUGCUCAAGCUACAUAUGCACAGUAUUUCGCAGCCUGCUGGAUAUACGACAAUAAACAUCGCAUGAGAAGUGAGAGCUUUUUCCGAUCGUGGACAUUUUGGACAUUUGGAAGCAGUAAAUACCAAACUCGCGAUUUUCUCAAUCGUUUGAUAGUAAAAAAUAAUAAGAGGUGUGACCUUCACAUGGCCGUAAUCAAUCAAUUAGAAGCAGAAGUUCGUAAGUUACUCUCCGAGGAUCCUACGGUUGCACACGAGAAGGAUCCCGUUGGUCGAUUACCGCUUCACUUAGCAGUGACAUAUCCAUCGGAACAAAUAGUAAAUAUGCUGAUAGAAAAAAUGCCUCUUCAGGCAGUAAAUACAAAAGAUGAACUUUUCCAGUGGACCGCUUUGGACUACGCGUUUGCAAACCGUUACAAACAUACAGUACAACGCCUGCUAACUGUUGGAGCAGUGGUGGAUGAGGACAACUUGCUCCAACAGAUAUUGUCAAACAAUUUACGGAGUUUAAUUUGGAAUGCACAUUACUAUGGAAACUAUUUAAACUCUCAUGAGAGCUCCAAGAUGAUUGCGAAUCGACUACACGAUCGAUCAGUACAAUAUUUGCUGUACGAAAAACACCUUGACGUGUUUGCUCGCCAUAAGGAACUCGGAUCUUUAACAGUCUUAGAGCUCUGCUCGCAGCAUAAUAUGAUCGGUGUAUUCAAACAUCUUGUGUCCCAAUCGAGCAUUCGGGCAAGAAUAUCAACCGAUCUUUCGAGAAAGUUGUUUCAAAUAGCAUCGAAGCAAAAAGCACAUGAUAUUAAAGCAUAUUUUGUGGAUGAAAACAAUACGCUUCUUCCCCAAAUGAAAACUGUUGCUGAGCUCAUCUCUGCCCUUAAGUCUUGUAUCAAUCGCAAUCAAAUGAGCUCAUUCAAGGACAUUUUUCACACACUGUGCCUCCUUCUCAACUUUCGUAUGGUUGACGAUACCGACAUUGUAGUAGGUGAUUAUGCUCCAGACGAUGACAGCAUACCACCGUUGCGUGAAGAACACUAUCCAAAACCUUGUUGUGUGCUAAGUGCCGCGCACGUUGGAAUGUCGUUGCCUGAAUAUGAUGAGAAAGAUAUCCUGAACGAAGGCUACGUUAUCGAAGCUCUUCUCGCUACAGCAGUGCAUGAGGGGAACUUGCAGAUGGUCAAAUACAUUGUGCAGAAGAUCGACAUGGCCAUUUCCAACAGAAUCAUUGUGAUGGUCAUGAGAUUGUUACCGAAGCAGGAUGAUGUUUGUCAUGAGAAGUCGAUGGAUGCAUUCUCAUAUCUUCUCGAAAAAACGACCGAUCGGCAUAGUACCGACGACCAGGGUCGCAACCUUCUUCAUAUGGCGGCUCAAAAUGGAUGUUUCUUCAUGAUGCGCUGUUUGAUUGCCAAAGGAUUUGAUCCAUCGGAAGUUAACCAACGAAAUGGUUAUGAUGUUUUUAACUACGUUGAUUUCGAUCAGGAUGAGGAUCGUAAACAAAAAAAGAUUAAUCUAGUGAUUGAGAAAAUGAGACAAUAA